AUGAUUUCCACCCCCACCAUGAAGGCCAGUCACAUUAUUGCGGUGUUGAAUAUCUGUAAACGCGGCGAUGUGGUCUUCUUACGAAAACUCCUCGCUUCGAACUGUAAUUUUGACGAGGUGAAGGAUCGGAAGGGCAGAAAUGCGUUGCAUUACUGCGCAGAGACUGAUGACGGUCCCUCAGGGCAGGCGAAACCUGGAGGUCGGCUGGCCUGCGCCGAGAUUCUUCUGGACUCCGACUUCAAGCUGCAAAAUCAGUCAGACAACGAUGGCUUUUUCCCCUUCCAUUACGCCGUCAUCCACGGCAAUAUCCCACUGGCUAAGCUUCUUCUCUCCCACGGUGUGAACGUAAAUACUCUGGUGAUUCCCCCAACCACCAAUGAAGUGAUGCAGAAAGAAGGUAACAUCACGGUCUCUGGCCGAUCCGCUCUUCACCUGGCAGUGAUAUACGCUAACUACGAAAUGCUUGACUUCUUGCUUUCCGGAUCCUUUGAGGAUGCUAAAGGGACUACACAUCAGUUCACCAUGGAUGUCGGUAUUCAGGAUGUCCAAUCAGCCACGGAGCUGCACUACGCUGUUCAGCUUCCUGAAGGAAUCUCUACUUCCAUUAUCAAAUGUAUUGUCGAGCAUUCCGACAUAGACAUCAACUGUGUUGAUGCACGUGGACGAACUCCACUGAUCUGGGCUGCCACAAUUGGAGCUGCACUUUCAACUAGCAUUCUUCUUGAGCUCGGAGCAGACCCCUGCAAGGCAGAAAGGAGCGGUCUGACAGCACUCCACUGUGCCGCUUCCAGAGGCCACGCCUCAACCGUCCAGACUAUCAUUAAACAUCUGGAUGACUCACGAAUGGACAAGGAAGAACGUGGGAGGAUUCUGGAUGCUCUGGACUCCGAUAACUGCCCACCACUUUUCUACUCCAUAACGAUGGGACAUUUCAACGUCACCAAGAAGCUUCUUAUCGCCGGAGCAGACGCCAAAGCCGCUGACAGCCGUGGAAGGGGUCCUUUCCACUAUACCAGCAGAGCUUCGGCAAACACUGUAGCCAAUGUUAUUGACUUAUUGCUCGAAUAUGGGGCGGACCCAGCUAAGGUCAACGUUGUUGGUGACACAGCGCUCCACGAGGCGUGUGCCAACUCCAAUAAGGAGUGUGUCGCACGGCUGUUGCAAAUCGACGCAGUUGCUGAUGAUUUGAUUGAUAUCAAAAAUGCAUCCGGUCAGACUCCUCUUCAAAUUGCAACUCACCAGGCUUUGAGAACAAAGGAGCGGGCGCCAAGUCACAACGUCGCCGUGGAAAUUUGUCAAAUGCUUGUUGAAGCCGGAGCUGAUGCUGGAACAGACGAUGAAACCGAGACUUCACCACUUUCCGUGGUGAGGAGCUGCUUACGCAAUACACCGAAUUAUCGACCGGCUCUUGAGUUGGAGCGCAUUUUUAAUGGUACUGCUAGUAGAAAAGGUAUUACAAAUGCUUCUAAGGCGUCCAAGUCACAGGAAAUCACCAGCAUGACAGAGGGUUCUCACGAUACCUCUGAAAUUUCCUCCUUCACCUUCGACCAGUCUACCUGUGGAAAUGAUAUCUGCAAGUCUACCUCUGAACGCGUUGAUACUGUCCUUCCAGAAGAGAGAAUUAGAAGCAGAAGCAGUAGCACUAGUAGCAGCAGUAGAAGCAAAAGUCGUGAAAGCGCCAGUGAUAUGCGCCUUUUUGUAGAUCAGCAAGUCGAUGAAAUGGCAAGCCACGAAGACAUAGCCAAAGUUUUUGAUGAAUCGCCUAUGCAAAAUGCAGCACAAUCAGAGACUUCCUGUGUAAUGUCCAAAUCAAAAGUGAGUCAUUCUGAAAAGUCCUCUUGCCAUAGCGGUUCAAGUGAUAUUCUUUCUCAAACAUCAUCUAUACCUGUGGCCAGCGGUUCCAGGUUCAACUCAGCAGCCAGCAACGGAACGCGAAAUGAAUCCUUGGCAGAGGUUACAGAUAAAACUCAAUCCACCUCAAGACCUAUAGGUCGACCCAGCAAAUACUCAAUAUCCACACGCAAAAGUCCUACAAGUCAUCCGAUUAAUGAUGACCAACCUUCCACCUUGGCGACUGACUCUAGAAGGUCUUCUGCCUCACAAUGCACAAAAUCUCUUUCAGCCGACUCAACGGUUUCAAUGACGACAAAUAGUAAUCAACGAAAAGCUUCACCAAAGUCAACAAGAUCAAAAGGGAGUCUGUCCACGAUAACAUCUAAAAAAACGUCCACUUUUAGGUCAGGAAAAUUUACUUUAUCUCAUCAAGCAUCUCCUCGAAAGAGGGGUAGAACCCCUUUAAGGCAAAGCACGGCGGUUUCUACCAAGGCACCAUCUACAGUGCCAUCUCAUAAGGUUGCCGAUGACUUUUCCACAACAGCGAUGCAGACUCGCCGAAGCUCAAGUUGUCAGCCGCCAGAGUGUGUAAGUGGGUCACUAUCCUCAAAUGCUCCCGCGAGAUCCGCUCCUUUGAAAGCUCAGCAUCUACCCGCAUGGACACAGACUUCCAUUGAAUCGACACACUCUAGCAAACGCCCACGGCCAACUCUCAGCUCUGAUCGUAUAAACGAGUUGGCCAAACCACGACGCCGACCGCGAUCCUGCGAUUUUCAACGAAAAACCACUGACGUGGAGGGGAGGCAAAAGUUGCCACAGCCCAUGAUAACACCCUACCUGAUGCCAGUGUCCAGGUGGCCCAGAACCAUGGCCUCCAUGCUGCUAAUGGGUGAAGUAUCGCCGCUCUACUGUGCACAGACGCUGAACGUCGCGGGUAAGACGAAGCCGCGAAAGCGGGUACCAAACAAGGUCGCGCCGAAAAACGCGGCGACCGAGCGGGUACGAUCGGCCAUGGAGGCGCGUGUGCAGCUCUCGCUGGCGGAGAAGGAUUUUGUUAAGUUGGCAGCGCAGGUGCUGGAUCAGUACGAUACCCUGCUGAUUGAGCGGCAGAGGCUGGCCAGGACCCGGACCACGCAACAGGUCGGAGACAAGUACUGA